AAACCGACAAAGGAUAUCACGUUAUAACCAAUGACAAACCAUCGGUCGGUGCCGGGGAUCGGUGUGACUGCCUUUGACAGCCAAUAGUCAUUAUUAUUAACCGCACGGUGUAAACCGAUAUGUACCUGCUAAGUGUAUCUCAAGGUAUAGUCACACAUUAUCCGCCCGUCAACUGUGUGUUUUUCAACUUUCGUCCGUGACAGUGGGUACAGAUAUGCUAAUUGAACUCUUGUUAAUUAACUUUCGAUGCUCCCGGAGUUACAGCUCAGAUUGAUGACAAGUGAGAUCACCGAGUUUUUGAUUCUCAAUCAUGCUCAGAUUCAAUUCAAUAUCUUAAAAUUUUUAGUUAUGACCGCUUUGACAUUAACAGUCAAAUAGCUUUUUUUUCCAUUUCGAUACUUAGACAUCACUUUCGUGACUUUCUUGGCGUACUGAAACGUCGAACCGUCUCAGCAUUUGGCAAACUUAACUAUUCCAGUUUGGAGACGAAAUCCCCCAGCACUUUGAGACUUUACUCAUGACACCAAAUUUUUUACUUAUCCUCCUGCCACUUCGAGAAGCAAUCUACGACCUCGUUAUUUUGACAAGCGACCCAAAUGUGUGCCAUCGGUCUCGGCGUUGAGGAACUUCAUUCUUUAUUUUCGCAUUUCAAGACGAAAUUUUCGCCCAAUCUCAUGAUUCUCGUGACAUAGUCUCGUGCUGUAACUUCAUAAAGAAGAGAACCCCUUUUCUAUUGGUUGAAAGAUCCUCUAGACAUGAAGGCAUCGGGAAUAAUAGUCUUCGUUUGUUUCAUUUCGAUGGGGAACGAACAUGCCCAGGCACAAGACUUUCCAUGGGCCCAGGGUUCAUCCUUCGCUGAGCCUGACCCUAUGCCCAGUCACCACUACAUUCAUAGCUAUGUAUUUCCGGAACCAGCGAACCCCGAUCCCGUCUUCCCGUUCCCCAACUCUCCCUACGUCAUCCCACCACCUGCCGUUGACGAGACGCGUACAGAGGUUGCACUUCCGGUCCAGCCAACACAACGCCAGGUUCUCCUUCCGGUAGGGCCAACUGGUGGAGUCACUGUCACCCAUGUGAAGUCGAGCAAAGAACCUGUCUUGACUACGUUGAGUCCCACUCUAAGCCCGGAUCAUUAUGUUCGUAUGACGAUGACGUUGGUGAACCCUAUUGGCGUGGACCAAGGCCAUUCAUCCUAUGGUUGUUAUCUAAGCCAGCCUGAUGUGGGAAGAUCAUCUCUAUCAAUAGGCAGAUAUUCCCAGACCAGAGACGGGGGCGCGGCAGGGGAGUGGUCUCCCCCAGAAGGGCGUCGGCUAGGAGGUCAUGGGAUGGCAGUGAACCUGAAUUCCAGCGGGACAGGUGGAUUUGGGACCUACUACUGCCAGGGGUCGCAGCCCGACAAGGAUCUCACCACAGUGAUCGGGAUCUUCCUGACAUCCAAUCCUAAAAUAAUUCCCACUAAUGGAAGAUUUACGAAAACAGUGAGCAUUGGCGACGUUGAUGUUACCAUAGCAAUGACCCUUCGCAGCUCUGCCGCCGUAUCGACCAAUCAGAUUCAAUGGAGGAAGAAUGGCCAAGAGGCUUUAGAACACAUGUCAGGAUUGGCCAGUGUAACAUUCAGACGACCAAUCACGGAUGCGGUUGCUGGCGUGUACGAAUGCUACUAUGCUAAUGAGAGGAAUCAAGCUCGUCAUGGUAUAUUGAGGCUCAUCGUGCGAGAUUGCCCGGCCGGUCGGUGGGACCCACCUCGUUGUUCUGGGAUAUGUGAUGCUUGCUAUAACGGUGGUGUGUGUGAUCACGUGACAGGGAGGUGUAUUUGUCCACCAGGUUUCUCUGGAGAUCACUGCGAAGAAGCCUGCGGUUUCAAUCGAUUUGGAUAUUCUUGUGAUUAUCGGUGCACAUCAUCGGUGGACGAGUCUGCCUCAUGCCGAGGUGUUCAGUUUUGUCUUCCAGACCCUUUUGGAUGCACCUGUAAUGCUGGAUUUAAGGGGCUUCGAUGCGAAACUGAUUGUGAUGCUGGUCAAUAUGGCGCAGGAUGUCUCCAAACAUGCCACUGUGCUUCUGGUCAGUGUGACCGUUUCACUGGUCAAUGUCUCGGAUUACCUUCCGGUUGUUCUCGUGGUUGGUCAGGAGUGAAUUGCCAAGUUCCUGAUAACUGUCCACAGGGAUAUUAUGGACCAGCAUGCCUCAGUAAGUGUUACUGUAAAGACAACGCAGCGUGUGAUAAGGUAAACGGAAAAUGUCCUCAGAGUAAAUGCGCCCUUGGGUAUACUGUGUAUGACGGUGGUCAGCAUUGCUCGGGAUGCCGCCCCGGUGCAUUUGGGGUCGAUUGCUCAGAGAGCUGUCCAUGCCAUGACGAUGCAUGUCACCCAGAGACAGGGGAAUGCAAUGGGAGAUGUUUUGAUCAGUUCAUCAAGCCUACAUGCCAAGCAGGUAUCUCGAGCUUGACAACAACUAGAGUGAAUACAGGACAAACUGCUAUCUUUAACUGCACCAUCACAUCGUCAAAAUCACCCUUGGCAUCCACGUCAUCAUCAUCAUUGUCCUCGGCGUCGUUGACGAGAAACCCAUCUGCCAUUCUUCCAUCAGCAUCCACCGUCCUCCUCUACCGCAUCUCCGGUGGCGAGACACAGACGGGUGUGCUCCGGCUUGGCACCGUGGUUGAGCCCGGCAGUGAGACUGUCAUGUUCGGUGUGGAUGGUAUACGUCCCGACGAGACAAUGAGAUGCGUUGUUAGCGGUGCCAAUGGAGAGGUUCUGGCACAAAGAGAGAUUCCCGCGGAGGCAUACAUUCUACCAGAGAUGAAGAACCCGCCUGUCAUAACGGAGCAAACAGCCACCAGCAUUUCUCUGCGAUGGCAACCAUGGGGCGACGCUGGGCAAGAACGGAUCGGAGAACCUCCUCUCGUCGCUUACGUCGUGCUCUACCGCCAAAACGGAAGCCGCGCGUGGAUGAGAGGUGAUCGCGUCCCGGCGACGCGCACAUCGGCAACACAGCUUGACCUUCGACCCCACACGUGGUAUGACGUCAGUGUGGCGGGAAUAAGGGAGGGGCUAGGAGGUGAAGGAGUACCCAGCCCUUGGACUACUGUGCGGACUCUCUGUAAAGUGCCGAGUCGGUCGACAACUCCCCUACCAUCCAGCGAUAUUAAGUUUCCUCGACAGAUCUCGGUCGCAUGGCAGAUUCCAGACCAAGCAGUCAUCCGCUGUCCAUCUGGUGUGGUAGGAUUCAAUAUCUAUUACAGAGAUAUAGACUCGGCACACAGCGAAACGGGGACACUGCGUAUAUUCGACCCCACAGUCAUCAAUCAAGUGGUGACUGGACUACACGUCUACACAAAGUACCUUCUCAGCAUAAGUUUAUCAAAUGAAGCAGGGGAAGGAGAAAGAAGCGAAGAAGUAACAAUAUACUCUCCACAAGAAAUUCCUCCUCCACCUAUCCAUUUGACUGUUCAACGACCGACCAAAGAAAUCGCCCUGAUCUCUUGGGAAACUCCUUUGCCAGCAAAUAUAAAUGGGAAAAUAAGAUUUUUCGACCUUCAGUACAAGUUUUGGACCAACGGGAACGAUGAUACUGCCAAACCUUACUCCAUCCAAAUCAACAAUUCAUCGAAAGAGAUGAAAUACGAAUUAAACGGUCUUGUUGCCAACCGUUCAUAUUCGUUCAAGGUUAGAACGGUCAACGAUGUAGGCUCUGGUGAUUGGUGCGAUCCAGUUAUUCUCUCAACACAGGAGGAUCCCCCAGCUCUCCUUUCCGGUCGGAACGACAUCCACGGACCAAAGGUCGGCCUGAGCAUUAUGGGUGUGUUCGUCGGGCUUCUCCUAUUGGCUGGUCUAUUUGUGGGCGUGGCACGAUUCCGCAGAAGAGCGCGUGCGCAGAAGACCGACGAGUUAUCAACGCUGAGGGAUACGGUGGCUUUCUCCCGUCCGUCAGCGCGCGUCAGUGAUCUCAAAGGAGAUGGCACCAAGCUAAUGGAUGACGGUUAUCUAAUGCCUAUCGCCACCGCCAGCUUGACGAAAUCAUGCCGAAAGCCUAAACCAAUAACGACGACUACGCAUGCGCAAGGGGACGACGAACACAGAUACGAAUACAUUGAUCCAAUGCGGUUCCCGGUUAUGCGAUUCGCGAUACUCGCCAACGAGAACGAAACGGUUAUCCACAGCUAUCGAUGAUUGGUCGGAUCUGGCAGUCGGAUCUCAGUGAUUUUGCUAAUGUAAAAACUUAAUAAAGACAAUUUUUGACUCAGACGGUGACUAUAAUAUUGCAUUGGAAUCGAUAAAAUAAAAAUAUAAUGUCUAUGAACGAUAGGAUUUUGGAUAGAUCCAUAUAUUACGGUUCCCGGAUAUGUGACUCGUGAUACUCUCCCCCAAAAUAUCGAAACGGUUAUCCACAGCCUCCAUUGAUUGGUUUGAAGUCACGUGAUUCUUUUAAUGAGAACAAGCUUCAAGAAAAAGACAUCUGAAGAAAAAAAAAACAGAUUUGACACGUGCUAUGACUACAGAAUCAUGCAUUUGAUUCAAUACAAUGCAAAUAUAUUUGAGAAGUACCACACUUUGAAUAAUGAAUAUUCGUUUGAAUAUGAAUAAUCUGCCGAUUAGAUAUAACUGUUGAUUUCU